AUGUUCUUAAGCGCCACUCCGGCUCAAACGAUACUUUAUUUCGGAGUGAUAUAUGUCUUGACCGUCCAUAAACACAUCUCAUACAUGUUGCACGGCCUGUUCUGGAAUCCUGAUCCCGGUGCGAAGCUUAUGAAAAUGACGUGCCAGAUGACGGCACGUGCCCUCCGUCCUGCUCUCAUGAAUAUAGACAUUCCCGAGGGGAAGAAGAAUCAUUGGGCACGUAGCCGAUUUAUGCUAGAAACUGCACCAAAGGCAGGAUGUAUGAUCGUAUCUAGAGUGAGAUGCUGUUCAGAUGUCCCUUUGAAAGGACAGCCAGAUCGUAGCGCGGCCGUAGCCGCGAUGACAUGCGGCAGCUCCAUACCAGGAUGCUUUCCAUAUUUGGAUUCUGAGCUCGGCUGUGUUAUUCUAUGGCUUGGGUUUUCCUGGGCAGAUCAAAAGACGAUGCCCUGGAUGGCGAAGCGUCGAUAUAUUGACGAGGCCACACUUUGCACAACUGCCGGAGUUGCAAAGAUAUGGGCCAAUCUUUCCCCGAACAUUGUCAUCGGUAUGAGGGGAGAAGUGUGA